CCGCCUCCCUAACGAAGACAAGCGCUAUAGAAAAUCCGCUGACUGCCACCCAUAUGCAGUCUACCAGUGGGAACCACACUUGGUGCCCCGGUCCAUCUCUGUGGAGCCUGAUUAUUGAGCAUGUCCCAAGGUCCGAGAUGCCCAAGAUUCAUGCCACGCUGGGAUGUUCGCUGGUUGACAUGUACACGGAGCUACACGCAGAGGCAGUCAUGUGGUACAAAAUAUGGCAGGACAGCCAGCAGGCUGGAGCCCAGUUCUCCCGAUUCAAAGGCCCCCUGGCCGACCCGCCGGUGAUCAAGGAGCUGGUGAGGGCCGAGGUCAGGAUGCUGCUGGAGAAUCUCCAAGAGAAAUUCCUCAGGGAAGGAAGGCACGACGAGGAGUUCUUAAGUCGUUACAACGAGAAGACGGUAAACUUCGCCCUGGGUCGCCUUGACAUCGGCGCUGAGCCGAAAGAUGAUCUCAGCUCACGCUUGUCCAUCCAGUCGAGCAUCGAAGGGGAGAUUGAAGCGUUGAAGGACAAGCUGAAUAUCAUCGACAUCAACAACGUGGUUGAACAUCUCAAGUCUAUCCUAGCUGAAGAAUGUGCGGUGCUGAAAGCAAAAGUUCAGCACAUACAGGAAAUGAUCAAAAAGCAAUGCAAGUGUCAGGCGGAGGGAGUGAAUAGUGAACCGACUCUUGCAGAAUUGAAAGAACUGAGAGGGGCUAUUCAAAAAGACUUUGAGCUCUACCCCUCGCCGCCCCCGCCUGUCGCAGAGAAAGCAGCGAGACAGACAUUUAGACUAUCAACAGGACAAAGGAAGUCUGAUAAAACCUUGUACACAUUAACUCCUACCUCCUUCCGAAGGCCACAUCCUCCCUCCGCUCCACCUCACAUGAACUUUUGUGGCUCUCUAAAGCCGAUUGACACUUUGGAGAACACCUCAAGGACUUCUCAUCAGCAUAAAAGUGCCACGUCAGCGUCUCGACACAGAAAAGUCCGCCUUAAAACCCCCGCCAGCGAGCCGGUGGUAAUGGAGCCUUCACGCCUGGAGGAAAAUGACUUGGAUUUCCUCUGGCGGCUCACCACCACCACAGAUAGCUCACCCUUCUUCCCCUCACAGUAUCUCCAGCCAGGGUAGCAAGGGUGAUUUAUGGACAUAAGAAAGUUAACUGUAAAAGUGUUUGUGCAAUGAAAGACUGCAGUUACAAGGGGAAAGGGCAUGAGUGGACAAGAUGCCAGUAGCACAGAAGCCACCGUGUCACUCAUCUGUGGUAGUCUGCAUUUGAACUCACGGCAAACAUGGACAUUUUUUUUUUCAUCAGGACUAUCUGAACAAGUGUUUACAACCAAGUCACUUCUACAAGGGUGACAAGUCAGCCAUCCAGCUGGCAUCAAUUGAGAUUUUUAUUCAGGAAAUUUCUACUAAAGGUGUGAUUGUUUUGGAGAAUAUGACUCAUUUGCACAUACUGUUUAGCUAUGUACUGUAUUUACACAAGAAGAUAUAUGAAAAGUAUUUGCUUUAUUAUUUUAAAACAGGGCUGAUACACAGUACACAUUCACAUCAGUUCGGAAAGAAAUAUACCGACAGUCACAAUUCUCCUCCCCAAAACGGUUAUGUGUUGUAGUACCAAUACUGACCUGUGAGAGGCAGCAUGGUGCCACGGGGCAUACGGAUUGGUGGAAAAUGCAACGAAUACCGGUAAAUUGAAGCAUAU